AUGAGAAAGAAAAGAAGUACCAGAAGUAAAGAAGACAUGGCUGAACUCAAGACUGCGUGUGAAAGUUGCGAUAUUGGAUCGCCGUCUGUUCAUACAUUUUACGAAAGCGCCAAAUGCGAUUCAGAAGAAAACUACGAGCUCUUCUCCCAAGUCAGUUGCAAUUGCGCCGAGCGAAAAUUCACGGAAUCGGAUGUCGCCAAAAUCGGCCCAAGCUGCCAGGAUAUCACCGAUUUGUACCUGGACUCGAAUAAUAUUGAAGAAAUUACAGAAUAUACGUUCAAAGAAAAAGGCUAUUUGCGAUUUUUAUCAAUGCAAAACAAUGGUCUAAAGAAAAUUCACGAAAAAGCCUUUCUUCACCUAAAUAAACUUCAACAAAUUCGUCUCGAAAACAACGAGCUAGAAUCGCUGCCCGGAAAACUGUUCGAACAAAAUGUCGAUUUGCAAACUAUUUACCUCAUGAACAACAAAAUCCACUCGCUGGGCGAUGGCAUUUUCUACAAUCUUCUCAACCUCGUCGAUUUGAGACUCUCGCACAAUUAUAUUCAGAAUUUGCAUCAGCAAGCUUUCAAAGAUGUUGGCAAGCUCUCGAUGUUAUACCUGGACCACAAUAACCUGACGACGAUCCACAAAGAAUGGUUCGAAAACUUCCACACUCGCUGGACGAGAGAAGAGCACGGCCAAAUCUUCCUCGAUCCCAAUCCGUGGGUCUGCGAUUGCUCCUCUACCGAUUUCCACAACUUUCAAAUCGACAAUGAGUUCUUCCACGACAAAUACAGCCGCGACGAAGGAUACGUGUCUCUUGGCUCUUGUCAGUAUCCGCACACGCUGAGGGGGAAGAAGUUCGAAGACCUGACGACGACUGAUGUUGAAGGGGAAAGUGAAGGUGGAAAAGGGCGAGGAAGAAAUGGUCUGGGUGACGGUAGAUGGUGCUCCCCGCCGAUGGUUGAAUUUAUUGUUCGAGAUGCAUCGAAUCACAGUGUCCAAAUCGACGAUUUCGAGCAAACACCCCUUCUGAUGGAAAACCUGGACGAAGCUCACAACGGCCCUGCAAUCAAACAUUCCAUUCGUGUCCUCGACCACACUAUCCAGCAACUUACUGUUAUUGUUACAGUCACUUCAACGCUCGCGCAGUUUUCUGAUCCGAUCCACGAUCAAUUCUCGGUCGAAAUUGAUAACGCCAACGAGAGCGGCUACUUUGCGAAACUCUUCUGGCUCUUCAUCUUCUCCGCGCUUUUCUACGCGAUCUAUACGAAUCGCGAAAUGAUUCUACGAAAACUCCGUUCUUUCGUUCCAGUCCAAGCGCCUUCUUCGCCCGCUCAAGAUCAAACAGUCAACUACAGUCACUUGCCAGAGCAUGACAAUGCGGCCCUCGUUUCCAAUGAACAGCUUUAUGAGCCAGAGACGCCACAAGAACUCAAAAUCAACGUCUAA